AUGGACGUCGCUACCACACAGUAUGAAGCCUUAAAAGCAUUUCUUGAAACACAUCUCGCCAACGAAAAGGCCGAUGGUUCAAGAGCAGGCGCGAAAGAAAAAUUAAAUAGACUAACGCAAGUUCAAUUCUUUGAGCUUUCCACGGAUGUGUACGACGAAUUGACUCGUCGACUAAUGGACUCGAAAGACGCACCAUUUCUUCCAGUGCGCGAUGAGUUUCAUCCAAAAAGAAAUCAAGCGCGACAAAAAUUGGCUACACUACCCGCGAACCGCUUUAAAGACUUGGCAGUUGAUAUUUAUUACGAAUUAGAAAGACGCCAUCCUGAAUUAAAAGAUAUGAAGUUUUCAAAGCCUGCACCACAGUAUUAUCCGCCUAAUAAUAAAUUUAAUAAUAAUUAUCAACCAACAUCACCUGGACAAACCACAAUUAUUCCUAAAACCGGAACUGUGAAGCAGGAAAUUAUCACAGAUUUUCAAAUUCAGAAACCAACCAGUCGACCAGGUGCUCCAGCUGACAACAAUAUUGAAAACAAUCCAAAACCUUAUGUAAAUGGUAAUCAUAGUAAUAUUCCAAUACCGGACAGUAUGCCACCAGAAUAUGGACUUUCAAGGGCACCAAGGAGUCGCUCUCAAUCCACUGCGUCUUCUGUGUCCGAUAUAGGAAACCAUUAUAUGAGCAUGGCUAGCGUUACUAGUUCAUCGAGUAAAGGAACUAGGGAUACAGCCAAUAGCCAAAAAUUGAAUUUUGAAUCACUUGACAAUUUGAUGGCAGACCUUGGAGAUAUUAUUGGUCAUAAAAAAGAAAACUCUAUAGAACGGAUGAGAUCAGAUUACGAAUUUCAAAUAGCUACUUUAAAAAAACGAGUAAAUGACUUAGAAUCCGAACUAGCGGAGAGUGUAAAUGCCAAUGGAAACAGCCGAAUACAUAGUCUUGAAAACCAAUUAGAAGAAUUAUUAAAAAUAAAUGAACAACAGAAGUCACAACUGAUGCUAUUGGAACAAGAAGUUAUGCAAUUAAAUGAAGAACGUCAACAACAACUAGAGGUUACCAAUGAUGUAAAAAAAGAGGCAACAUCUCUGUUAGAAGAAGUCAAGAUACUUUCAAUGAAAAAUGAAGAACUAUCUUCAGAAAAGGAACGCGACAGUGCCAAAAUCCAAUCUUUGACAAAAGCAGUUGAUGAAUGGAAAAACAAAUACGAAAAUGCAAAGGCCGAAAUGAACAAUAUGAAUGAAGUAUCAUUCCUCGACGUAGAUAUGUUGAAAGCUUACUUGGAACGUCAAACUGAAUCCAUAGUUCAGGCAAUUCAAACACUUCUAAGUUCCAUUCGAAAUGGAUCGCAUGUUAAUGAACUUUCCGAAAAUAUCACCAACAUUGUCACAAUCGUUGCUAAUGUUAUUUCAACAUGUCAAGACUUUUUUGGAUCAUCAGCUGAUGCUCAUUAUCGUUUACGUGGAGACUCUAUAUUAAAAAAUCUGGUGGAUUGUGUUAACAAAUUGGGAGAGAUGCGAGAAACGAUAACAAAUGAUGGUGAAGGUUUUAUGAGCAAUAGGGCUUCUAAGCAACGAUUAGCUAGUGCAUCUUUUGACAUCGCCAAAUUCACAAAAGAAUUGGUGGGGUUAUUUGAAUAG